GGACCUAAGAAGAAGCUUUCUGACUAAAACCCCAAACGUUGAAUAAUAUCAUGGGAAUCAUGUCAUCCACGGAUCUGAAACCGGAAUCUAAAUCUGAAAAUAACCAAGUCUCGUCGAAGUCGAAGGCAGUGAAAGGUCGAUUACAUGUGUUCAUGAAAGAAGGUGGUUGCGAAGAAUCAUAUACAGCUUGUGUAGGUUGUGAUGCGCAGAAAGAUGAGUGUAGGGAAGCCUUUUCAAUGCUUGAAAAGUGUAUGAAAGCUCGCUCUGAUUACUUUGAGCCAUAUCUCGCGUUGGAGAACGCUAGGGCUGAAGUGAUGCUAAGAGAAAUCGAUGCCUUCCUCCAUGCGAAACCAAAGGACAGAGACGAGAUGUUUACCAAGUUCAUGAUAAGAGGUGAUUGCAAAGAAGCUUUUAUGGCUUGGAAUGACUUCUGCAAAGAAGCUAAGAAGAAUAAUAAAAGUUGUCUUCAUACACCGACCAUGGACACCUUGUUCAAGUGUAUGAAGGCUCAUUCUGAUUACUAUCACCCGCUUCUCACGGUAUUCAAAACUGCUGAAGAACAUUUUAAAAAAGAGAUCAAAGCCUUGAAUACGAGGGAGGGAGCUGAAGCUGAUGCUAAGGGAUGAUAAAAAAAGAUUUAAUUAAUU